AUGCGAUGGCUACUUUGUCCCCUCCUUGGGGCCGCCAUCUUCCACUCCUUUCUAGUCGCAGCCUCCCGUCUUACUCCUCCAAUAUUGCCGUUGAUCGUCCGGAACCCUUAUCUUAGUACCUGGCUCGCCAAUGCCAGAGAGGACCCGUGGUCCUCGUGGCCCAUGUUCUACACGGGAGAGCAUAUGGGGCUCUCCCUGAUGGCUUCCGUCCCGGACACCGGAUUUGUAUAUCCACUGCUAGGACGUCCUCAGGAUUCAUUGACUCCAGUCACCUCGACGUCUGGGUAUAACAUCUCAUAUCCAGAGUAUCUCGGUGCUAAGUAUGAUGCUUCUACGACGAACCUGAGCUAUUCCAUCGCAGCCCCGAAAGGCGCAUCCGCAGUGUCAGCAGAUCCAAUUCACAUCACACUUUCAUUCCUGUCGCCAAUUACCCCGACUUCCACCCUUCGCCAGUCCAUCCCUGCUGCGUAUGUGACCGUGUUCGUCAAGGGAAACAGAAAUGUUAAUGUCUAUAUGGAUUUGAAUGGGCAGUGGGUCAGCGGUUAUCGAAACGCUCGUAUUGUAUGGCAAUUCGAUCAUAUAGUUCCCGAAGAUAAAAUAAGGCCGCGUCUCAAGCAGUGGCAGGUCAAGCUGGAGACAGAGCAGCUGUUUUCGGAGAAUAAUGACCGUUCUGAAUGGGGCACCCUGCACAUUGUUGCACCUGAAGACGUCCGAUACGAGUCCGGAACUUCUGCUACUCUUCGCAAGAGGUUUGCAAGAAUUGAGACUCUACAAAAUGUCAACGACAAAGUUUUCCGACCCAUUAUGGACCAAGAACCUGUCUUUGCCUUUGCAAAGUCCUUCGUGCUCAACGAGACAAUGUCAACAAACAAUACUCUCGUCGAGGACAGUGUCACUUUUUCAAUUGCCCAUAUCCAAGAUCCCGUUGUUCAAUUUGCUGCUGCUCGUGGCUUGACUAUGAUGAAACCGCUCUGGCAGUCUUGGUUUACAGAUGCGAAUAAACUUCUUCUGUUUCACCAUUCUGAUUUCAAAAAUGCUUACGCGCUCGCUGCCAACUAUUCUUCGCAGCUCGAAAUUGAUGCGUUUCUGUCUGGAGCUGAGGAUUAUGUGGACAUCGUAUCUCUUUCUGCAAGGCAGGUUCUCGGUGCAACCUCCUUCGCAGGGACGGCUGAAAACCCGAUUCUGUUCCUGAAAGAGAUUUCCUCCAAUGGAAAUUUCCAGACCGUUGACGUUAUCUUCCCGUCUUUUCCGUUUUUCCUCUAUACCAAUCCUCGGUGGCUAGCUUAUCUUUUGGAGCCAUUGAUAGAACAUAUGCUCAGCGGUCAAUAUCCCAAUACCUACUCCAUGCAUGAUCUGGGUGCUCAUUUUCCCAAUGCCACUGGCCACCCCGAUGGCAGAGAUGAGUAUAUGCCAGUCGAAGAAUGUGGUAAUAUGUUGAUAAUGGGCCUAGCCGUCGUUAACUCACUGCGGUUUUCCGCGAAGCCUCCUGUUGAGGUCCUUGCAAAAAAUGAAGACAAGGAUAAAGACGUCAGCCUAUUCCCACUCACAGAUCUUGAAUCUCGUGACGGUGUAGAUAAACUCGAUACCCCCUGGUCAAUAAUCCCUGACGCAGGUAACAGAGCUCAGAGGUGGGUAGAAAGGUCUUAUAAAUUAUGGAAGCAGUGGACUGGAUACUUGGUCGAAUUUUCUUUACUCCCCGCCAAUCAGCUAUCUACCGAUGAUUUUGCUGGAUGGCUGGCACUCCAGACGAACCUUGCACUCAAGGGUAUUAUUGGUAUCAACGCCAUGAGCCAGCUUUCAUCUUUGAUCGGAAAUACAGAUGAUUCUACUUUCUACAAGAAUAUCUCUGACACCUACGUUAUGAAAUGGGAAGAGUAUGGGUUCUCGCGGGAUAAAACCCAUGCUAAAGUCUCCUACGAUUGGUACGGUUCUUGGACUACGCUAUACAAUCUCUACGCGGACUCCCUUCUUUGUUUCCACUUGGAAGAUUCCUCUGGCAGUCUCCCGCAAGGGAAUGGAGUCAUGGACAAAAGCGACCCGCAGAAACCUCUUGAUCCGCCAAAGGAGGGCCUCUCCGGUGGCUUCGUGCCCAAACGCGUUUACGUAAGACAGUCGAAAUGGUACCAUUACGUGCGACAAAAGUACGGGCUUCCGCUGGACAGCCGCCAUCUCUACACCAAGACGGACUGGGAAUUCUUUUCGAUGGCAGUAUCCAGCAAAACGGUCCGCGAGGAGAUCCUUCAGUCCGUAGCUAAAUGGGUCAACGAAACGGCCACGGAUCGACCGCUCACUGACCUCCACAACACGGAGGGAAAUGGUGGCUUCCCGGGUCCCAAUUUCUUCGCUCGUCCUGUUGUUGGCGGGCAUUUUUCCUUUCUUGCGCUUGAAAGGGCGUGUAAUGGAAAAGCUAUGGAUGGGUUGAAGUUUUUGGAUGAUGAGGUUUGGGAAGACGGGCGGCCCAGGUGCCAAGGGGAUGAUUGCCUGAGCGACGAUGACUAUGACCAUGAUGAGGAUUACGAUGAAGACGAUGGUGGCUUUGAUGAGGGUUAUGACGAGGAUUACGAUGACGAGGGCGACGAGGUUUCGCAGGUGAUCGGACCGAAGGAUAAACCUCAGUUUCGGAUGGUGGCUAAUCUCCCUAAUACUGAAGAUCAUAAAUGGGCUGGUCCCGGUGGAGAGUUUAGGCGCAGGAGUGCCCGUUUCGUUAACUAG